AUGCUUCUUGUGACGUUAACUCUAUCGGUUUUCGCCCUCGUGGUCUCUUGCGAGACAGCUUACGGAGGCCAGAACUCUCAACGUCAUCUUAUUAUGAGUGGACAAGUUGUGCCCAGCGGCAUGAAAACGUAUACCACUGGUCUUCGGCUAAGCCCCGGCAUCGAUAAUGUCUGCAGCGGCAACCUGAUCUCCUCGACUCAUGUGCUCACUACUUCUCACUGUGUCACCUUCGACCUUCGCUGGGUCUCCAUUGGCACGCACUAUCGCAAUGGCACUAUUGACGGUGAGCAGAUCAAGGUUGUAGCCAUCAUGAACCACCCGAAUUACUCGGACGGGAUAAAGUACGCCAAUGAUUUUGCGAUACUCAAGCUGGAGAGGCCUAGUAAGUAUCAACCUGUGAAGCUGGCUGCAGCUGACGACUCGGACUUCAAGGCGGGCGCGUGGGCGACGACUAUGGGAUGGGGAAUGAAUGCAGAAGCGAAUGGAACCUACUCCUACGAGCUGCAGCGUGUGGACGUUCAGUUGACAAGUGAUGAGACGUGUGCGGCUCACGUCCUUAUUGAUUCGAGUAUGGUUUGCGCCGGAGGAGAGUUAAAUCGUGACGCGUGCUUCGGAGACUCGGGAGGGCCACUGGUGGUAGAGAAAACUGGCAUCAAUGGUAUGGUGGAGGACGUUCUCAUUGGGCUAGUUAGUUGGAGCAAGGAUGAUACUUGCGGGAGGGAAGGCUAUUACGGUGUGUACUCUCGCGUGUCAAACGGCCGCGCGUGGAUCGAUUCUAUCCUCAGCAGCAAUAUCGCCAGUGGUGGCGAUCUAGUAUGCUAG